AUGACUACAUAUUUACCAACUAUAAUAUUGGAUCCAUUUGAAAAAUAUAGACCAUUUCCUGAAAAUCCUAAAAAUUUAUUUGAAGCUCAUUGGCAUGAAAUAAUUGGAUCAGUUAUAUUUUAUUUUACAAUUCAACAAUUAUCAAAACCAAUUUCAAAAUAUUUUUUUGGUAAACAUUAUAUAAAUUUAAAACCUAAUACUAAAAUAAAUUUUGAUGUUCAUAUAACUUCAAUGGUACAAUGUUUUAUAUCAAUUGGUUUAUUAAUACCUCAUUUUAAUAAUCCUCAUUUUCAAAAUAGAUUAAAUGAUCCAAUAAAUUCAUUAUUAGGUUCAACUCCAUUUGGUACUUUACUUGCUUCAUUAACUGCUGGAUAUUUUAUUUGGGAUUUAUUCAUUUGUUUAAAAUAUUAUAAAUUAUUUGGUAUUGGAUUUUUAUUACAUGCAAUUGCUGCAUUAUAUGCAAUGGGUUGUGCUUUCAUUCCUUAUUGUCAACCUUGGGGUGCUGCAUUUUUAUCAUUUGAGUUAAGUACACCAUUUGUAAAUUUAAAUUGGUUUGCUUCUCAUUUACCUGUAGGGACAUUUAGUGAUAAAUUUAUAAUUAUAAAUGGUUUAUUAUUAAUGAUUGUAUUUUUUUUUGUUAGAAUUAUAUGGGGAAUAUAUGCUGUUAUUCAAAUGGGUAAUGAUAUGUUAUAUUCAUUAGAUCAAAUUAAUUUAUUUAUACCUUUUUCAAUAUUAUUAAUGAAUUUUGGUUUAAAUUUAUUAAAUAUUUAUUGGUUUUAUAAAAUGGUUAAAAUUGCAAUGAAAAAAGCAAAUGGUAAUAAAACAAAAACAGUUUCAUCAUCAAAACAAACUUCAAAAGUAGAUUAA